CCAGGCUGGAGUGCAAUGGCGUGAUCUCAGAUUAGCCAGUUAUGGUGUCACAUGCCUGUAAUCCCAGCUAAAGGCUGAAGCAGGAGAAUCACUUGAACCUGGAGGCAGAGGUUGCAGUGAGCCAUAAUGGUGCCAUUGCACUCCAGCCUGGGCAACAGAGCCGGUCUCUACCUCAAAGAAAGAAAAAUCACACAGUGUUACCGUAAGACCCAGUAAUUCUGCUUCUAGGUGAACUGGGGAAAUUACCCAUGAUUAUUGAAAAAGGGCACUCAGGCCAGGUGCAGUGGCUCACACCUGUAAUCCUAGCACUUGGGGAGACCAAGGUGGGUGGAUCACCUGAGAUCAAGAGUUCAAGAACAGCCUGACCAACAUGGCGAAACCCUGUCUCUACUAAAAAUACACAAAUUAGCCAGGCAUGGUGGCAGACUUCUGUAAUCCCAGCUACUCAGGAGGCUGAGGCAGGAGAAUCACUUGAACCUGGGAAGCGGAGGUUACAGUGAGCCAAGAUCCUGCCACUGCACUCCAGCCUGGGUGAUAAGGGUGAAACUCUGUCUCAAAAAAAAAAAAAAAAAAAGGAAGCACUGACAAAUAUACACCACAGAUGAAGCUUAAAAACAGGUUCCAUGAUGGGCUGGGUGCAGUGGCCCAUGCCUAUAAUCCCAGCUGUUUGGGAGGCCGAGGCAGGGCAAUCACCUGAGGUUGGGAGUUCAAGACCAGCCUGACCAACAUGGAGAAAUGCUGUCCCUACUGAAAAGUACAAAAUUAGACCAGGCUCAAUGGCUCAUGCCUGUAAUCUCAGAACUUUGGGAGGUCAAUGUGGGUGGAUCACGAGGUCAGGAGUUAGAGACCAGCCUGGCCAGCAUGGUGAAACCCCAUCUCUACUAAAAAUAAAAAAAUUAGCCGGGCAUGGUGGCAAGGGCCUGUAGCCCUAGCUACUCAGGAGGCUGAGACAGGAUAAUCACUUGAACCCAGGAGGUGGAGGUUGCGGUGAGCUGAGAUCACACCACUGCACUCCAGCCUGAGCGAGAGAGCAAGACUCCAUCUCAAAAAUAAAAUAAAAUUAGCCAGGCGUGGUGGUGCACACCUGUAAUCCAGCUACUUGAGAGGCUGAGGCAGGAGAAUCGAUUGAACCUGGGAGGCAGAGGUUUCAGUGAGCCACGGUUGCACCACUGCCCUUCAGUCUGGACAACAGAGCGAGACUCUGUCUCCAGAACAAAACAAAACAAAAGCUUAUCAGAGAGAUGAUAAGGGAGGGGUGAGGACCAAGGCGGUCUGGAAAGCACAUGACCCAUUUAAAGAGGGCAUCUCAAGUCAGCACGAUAAUCUCUAAGAUACACUGGAAAUCUAGAUAUUUCUGUAAACAAGAAAAGAGGCAGUAGUAAACAAGUUAACAUCUCUGGGCUCCUAGAACGAUGCCAUGUGCAGUCAGGACUGGGUAAAUAUUCGUAAAGCAAUCUCAUAAUUUUUUUGACACUGGCAACUUAAAACACAUGGCACCAAGAAUGGACACAGAUGUCCCGCUAGCCAGCUGUGGGGUCCAGGUUUGCUCGUCCCAGCAGAGGGGUUGAGGGUGUGAGCUUGGAGGUAGAAGCCCAACUGACGUGGGGGCCUCAGGCUCCUGGUUCUACGUGGGGUGGGGAUUGUUGCAUUAUUAGGCUAGGGUCAUUGCAAGGAUUAGAGGGGUAAGAGUUCCUGCUCCUGCUGCAGACAAGCCCCCAGGUGGGGGUGGGGGUCACAGGAAGGAGGGGAUGGAGCUCAGAUUCUUCAGUUAACUGUCACCCUCUCACCUCCCCCGUCACACACACCAGGCCCUGCCAGGACAAGGCAGCUCCUCGGAGCAGACCCCUGUGCACCAGGACCCACAUGCACCAGGAUUCCAGCUAUCUACAGACACCAAUACUGGACUCUACCCAGCCCACCAGGCUUUGCUGGGAGAAGUGACCUGAGGGGCCUGCCUGGGCUGUAGGCAUCUGGAACCCUCGGCCCCCAUGGAGCCCCUGAGGCACUCGCCCUCUCCCUGCUCAUCCUCGAGGCCCUCCAGUCCCAGCACCCCACCCUGCGAGAUGCCUGGUCCCGUGGGUGUCGAGGCUGUGCUGGAACAGCUGAAGAUCAAGGCCAUGAAGAUGGGCUUUGAGUUCAACAUCAUGGUGGUAGGGCAGAGCGGGCUGGGCAAGUCCACCAUGUUGAACACACUGUUCAAGUCCAAAGUGUGGAAGUCAAACCUGCCAGGCCUGAAGGUGCCCAUACCCCAGACGCUGCAGCUGCAUUCAGUGACCCAUGUCAUCGAGGAGAAGGGCGUGAAGCUGAAGCUGACAGUGAUCGACACGCCCGGCUUCGGGGACCAAAUCAACAAUGACAAGUGUGCAGACAAUAUCCCAGAGGGGAAGGGACUCGGAGAGGAGAAAGGAGACCCCUGCCACCAUCAGGCGAGAGUCCUUGGUGGCCCUUUAUUGCAGUUAAUGCUCACCCCUCCCUUACCUGCAAACUGGGACCCCAUCCUGGGCUACAUCAACGAGCAGUAUGAGCGGUACCUGCAGGAGGAGAUCCUCAUCACCCGUCAGCGCCACAUCCCGGACACCCGCGUGCACUGCUGCGUGUACUUUGUGCCACCCACUGGGCACUGCCUGCGGCCCCUGGACAUUGAGUUCCUGCAGCGGCUGUGCCAGACUGUAAAUGUGGUGCCUGUGAUCGCCCGGGCAGACAGCCUGACCAUGGAGGAACGAGAGACCUUCAGGCGCAGGAUCCAGCAGAACCUGAGGACUCACUGCAUUGAGGUCUACCCCCAGAAGUGCUUGGACGAGGACAUCAAUGACAAAAUCCUCAACAGCAAGUUACGGGAGCGAAUCCCCUUUGCUGUGGUAGGAGCUGAUCAACAGCACCUGGUGAACGGGAGGUGUGUCCUGGGCCGGAAGACCAAGUGGGGCGUCAUCGAAGUGGAGAACAUGGCGCACUGUGAGUUUCCUCUCCUGAGAGACCUGCUCAUCCGCUCCCACCUCCAAGACCUGAAGGACAUAACCCACAACGUGCACUACGAGAAUUACCGCAUCAUCAGACUCAAUGAAAGCCACCUGCUGCCCCGAGGGCCAGGCUGGGUGAACUUGGCCCCGGCCUCCCCAGGACAGCUGACCUCCCACCAGCCCUUCAAGAUCUGCAGGGAGGCCCACAAAGAUUCUGAGAAGGAGUUCUGAGCACCGGCUGAUCCCAGGCCUGCGGGGGCUUCCUGAGUCCCCAGUGACCCUCAACACACAUCCGUGUAUCCGAGCAUCUAUUCAAUGUGGACCUUGCUUUUUAUGAGAAGUUGUGCUUUGAAAACAAAAGGCAUUUUGUAAAUGACUUCUUUGAGCUAUCCACAAAUAAAGGGCCGGGUCUCACUCUGUUA